CUGCAGCAGCUGUAAUUAAUCAAUCCAUCGUACACCAUACGCUAUGUAUCGAAAAGCUCAACAGAACGGAUUCCAUCUCACUCUUUGUGCCUACGCCAUUGACGUGCGCAACCGCUCAGGAACUUUCCACGGCCCGAGAUCAUGCAUUCAUACGGCGUAGCAAGCCAUCCGUGGAGCGCACCAGCCAAGUCCGUUCUCUAAUGCCUUUGGUGAUAGGAUAAGUAGCCCAUAUUAUCCUGGCAACCAUCGCCGAACUCGCAACUUGUCUGCUUCAACGCGCCCAAUAGACGAUGAUCCUUUGGCCGCCUUUCUCUUUGCUGUUCGAGCUGCAUCAGUGAGGCGCAAUUCUGAUCAUGCCGCCUGCUGACGAUGCUGUAGCACCACUCGACUCCUACGAUAGACGCCGCUCCUGCCCGUUGCCACCUCCGUUCUCAUCCUCAGUGUCACAGGUACGUAUAACACUGCCUCUUAUAGACCCCUACCCGUCCCGCAUCAGCAAAAAUCGGUCAACGGUUUCCUGGAUCGGUAAUCCUCCGCCUGCUCCGUUCCCACUUACCCCAGGUUCUCCGUGCUGAUCUCACCGAUUUUCCAACCUCGAAACGCCUUUCGCUUUGCUCUUCCCCGUCUCACCCCUCUUGAUUCACGCCUCCACGAGCCAUGAUUGGUGAGAUGGCCAAUUCGUGAGAUAGGAUGCUUACGGUGGACUUACGUUCACCUUAUCGAGG